AUGAUGUCGAUAGAAAAGAAAAAAGAAGAGUCAUUAACGCCAGCGCCUUCGAAUGUUGGCCAGGUCGAGGAAGGCUCUCAUGAUGCCGUCUUUGGUGAUAUCAGAGGUGAUGGCCCAAACUAUCGAAAUGUAGGAUGUCUGGGCACGGCGGUACUGAUGAUGAAAACCCAAAUUGGUCUCGGAGUCCUAUCAAUCCCCACAGCCUUCGAUGCCCUAGGGGUGGUUCCCGGCGUGAUUGUUCUCUGUGCCAUUGCUGCCAUCACGACAUGGUCAGACUACAUUGUCGGUGUCUUCAAGCUGAGGCAUCGUGAAGUCUAUGGCAUUGACGAUGUCGGUGAGCUUCUUUGUGGCAAGCUCGGUCGAAUCGUCCUGGGAGGUGCCUUUAUCCUUUGGUGGGUCUUUGUCGCCGGCUCGGGUAUGCUGGGUAUCUCCAUCGGUCUCAACGCCGUCUCCUCCCACGCCACUUGCACCGCCGUCUAUGUCGCCAUUGCCGCCAUCGUCGCAUUCCUGUUUGGCAGUAUCCGGACAUUAGGACGCAUCUCGUGGCUUGCGUGGAUUGGUCUCUUCUGCAUUCUGACUUCGAUUCUGAUCGUGACCAUCGCCGUCGGUGUCCAAGACCGUCCCGCUGCUGCGCCAAUAGAUGCCAUAUGGGUCUCCGAUUACAAAAUUGUGAAGAGCGAUGCCACAUUCACCGAGGCUAUCACCGCGGUCACAACAAUCGUCUUCGCCUACGCCGGCACCCCGGCCUUCUUCUCCAUCGCAUCUGAGAUGCGGGACCCCUCCCACUAUAACCGGGCCUUGGUCCUCUGCCAGUCGCUGGUGACGGUCUUCUACCUCGCAAUUGGCAUCGUGAUCUAUUAUUAUUGUGGAUCUUAUGUCUCCUCUCCUGCCCUCGGUUCGGCUGGUCCGACCGUGAAAAUCGUGAGCUAUGGCUUCGCGCUUCCUGGUUUGAUUGUGAGCACCUUGCUCUUUGUCCACAUCACAGCCAAGUACGUCUUUGUUCGCCUCCUCCACGGCUCGCGGCAUCUGGUAGCAAACACCGUUACCCACUGGAGCGUGUGGAUUGCAUGUACAUUCAGCACGACCAUCGUCGCCUAUAUCAUUGCCAGCGCGAUUCCUGUCUUCGGGGACCUUGUCUCACUCGUUGGCGCCUUGCUUGGUACGCCUAUGUGCUUCCAACCGAUGGCCGGCAUGUGGCUGUACGAUAACUGGCGCAAGGGCAAAAACCACCGAACGACGAUGUGGAUGCUCAUGGUCGCUUGGUGUGUCUUCAUCAUAUUUGCUGGCACAUUUCUGAUGGUCGGAGGUACGUACGGGUCCAUUGUCACAAUUAUCGACAGUUACAAAGCGUCGGGCGGAUCAGCUGCUUGGCCGUGCGCCGACAACAGCUCGUAG